CGGGAGGUCAUUUAUGUAUAGGUGGUCCAGCGGUCUAGUGGUAACACGCUUGACUGCGUAAAAUUCGGGACUGGUAUUAGAUCAUAUAUAAAUAGAUAGGUGUGCGUUUUCUUUUACUUUUUUUUGGCGAACAAUCUUUUUUUCGCGAAAAUGCAUACUUUCCGCGUAUUUAGAAAGCUCCUGAUCAUGUGACUGUUCAAAAUGGCGGAUGACAAGCGAAAAUCAAAAUCCCCCAGGAAACGAUAAAAUAAGACAUACGUUGUAAAAAAUAUAGAAAUGGAAAAGAAAAUGUAAAAGUACUCAAGUUUUACAGUUGUUGCUGACGUGUAAAGGAAGAGAUUGAGCUGACAUCCUUUUAAAGGACUUUGCAAUGUCUGAAGGUACACAGUUACAGCCUGAGACUAUUCUGCAUGUUUCCACAGAGACGGAGUCUCGGGUGUGGUCACAAGGGGGGAUAACUGAUGACCGGGAGGACAGCCUGGAACAAGAACCAGCAGAUAUUGGAAUGUGUAUACUACAGCAUGGUACCUCUACACGAAAUAUCCACAAUUACUUUAUGAGCUUAGAACAAAGGAAAUGUUGUCUUCUGCUGGCAGCUUGUAAACAGAGAUUCUUCAGUGUUAGACUGGUGAGAAAUGAUGGAAGAGACAGUGGUAUAGAGGAAGGGGCUAUGAUGAAGUCUAGUGUUGGAAAUGUUGAUACAGUAGUAUGUCUUGAUGCAGAGGAGUUUCAGGUCUUCCAACAGACCCUGAAAUGUGCUGCUUUCCCAGUUUUAGGGGCACCAGAUCCCCCUUCUGAAGCCACACCUAUUCCAUCUGGGACACAGAUUUCACCUUACCCCAAAAGAAAAGUGUCUGCAGGUAUGUUGCAGUAUGAUCGUACUAUGACACCUCUCUCCCUGCAUGACAGUGGGGUGGAGGAACAAGAGGAUACAGCUAUGGUUCCAGCAGAAACGUUGUGUGAACUUUUACGGCGUGCAUUCAGACUCACACAAGAAAAAUUCAAUCAGUAUGAAGAAAUCAUAGCUGCACAGCUUGAAAGAAAAUCUCCACAAAAAGUUUUAGCAGAAGAACUUGUUAGGCAAUUGAUCGCCCUGGAAAACAACGAGAACCCGUACUAUAACCCUAAAACAUACCUGAAUCGGAUUGGUUAUGACCAGUGGCAAAAAGGGAGAGAACAAAUAUACAGACCUGCUCAACAAGUUCUGGCAUUUUUCUCUGCCACAAUUAUGAAAUCAAUGCACAAACAGUACCAGAAACUCCUGGAGAGGUUGAUCAGCUACGAGUCUCCAUACAGACAACAGAAUGAAUUGAUUGCCCCGCCCCCUACAUCUCCAUUGUCCAGUGCAUCUGUCCGUCUGCUGAAAGAAUUUAGUUUGAGAUAUGGAGUACGAAAAGGAGAAGAAACUUUGCAGUUUUGUGUGAGACACCAGACUAUGAAACUUGAGGUUGAAAAUCCUAAAAAAACUGACAAUUCUUCAGAGGAGCUACGCAUAUAUGCAGCUGAUAGAACAUAUACACAACCUUUCUCAAUCUUAGAGAACAGUUUACAUUUGUUGGAAGCCAAGUCGUCUGCUGCAAUAUCAAAAAUGAAAACACUCUACACAAAUAAAAGACCACUGGAUGGUGUUGAACCACUGAUAGAGCUGUUGUCUCUAACUUUACGAGCAAAGACAUAUCUUCUUAUGAGUCCUGAGGAACAACUUGGAAACAAGCUUUAUAAAAUUGUUCAAGCAAUCUUUCCAACAGCAUAUGAGCGACAUAAGAUGGUAGCAGAAGAUGAACUUAGACAUAACAAAUGGGAUACAGAACUAAGUCCCCAGCUAACCAAGUUUGAAUUGUCUUCAGCUGUUAAGUAA